AUGUCUGCAGCUGAUGGGGCGGACGCGCCACCUGCCGGUUCAGUUCUUCCGGCGGGCCAACUGCCUUGGCAACAGAUUCCCAGCUUUGACCCUCAAACAACAGAUAUCCAGGUCUAUGCCAGAAAGCUUCAGUUCCUGAGAGACAUAUGGCCUCAGGAACACCUGGCGCAAUUGGCGCCACGAGCAGCUCUUCAGGUUCAAGGAGUUGCUUUUCAGAAAGUAGCACGACUGGACACCGAGAAGCUCAGGGGCGAAUCAGGUGUCAAAUACCUGGUGGAGUCGUUGGGGGGAAGCUGGGGAAAACUGGCAAGUGAGGAAAAAUUCUCCCUUUUUGAAAAAGGCCUUCUACCAUACGGUCCAAAAAUCGAUUCAUACCUGGCUCGACAUGAUGCUUCCUUUGAGGACAUGAUGGCCAAGGGCGUCUCAAUGGAGGAGGUUCAAGCCUAUGUGAUGAUUCGACAAUCCCAACUUAGCAGUGAAGAUCGAAAAAGGAUUGUAGUGGAAACCGAGGGAAACCUCACCUAUGCCGGAGCUCGCAAGUCACUUCGACUGCUUGGGCACAGGUUCUUCCAAGACUUUCAAGACCGCACCUGCGAUGUUAACAUGGUGGACAACUCCGAUGAGUCAGCACUCUGGACUAUGGAGACGGAAGUUUUCGACGACGAAGCCAUGGUUCAAGCCCUACAUGAUGCUGGAGAUGAAGAUGCAGCAUGCAUCAUGGACUUCGAAAACACGGUGAUUGAAGCAGUUCAGGAAAGUCCUGAAUUGGCCUCCUGCUACCAUACCUACUUGGAAGCAAGGAUUGCCACCUCAACGUGCCGCAAAUCUGGACAGGUCGGACACUGGAAGAAGGAGUGUCCACCGUUGACCAGCAAAGGAAAUUCCAAGGGCAAGACGUCAGCACCGGACACGAUCACCUUGGCUGAGGCAUUGGUGGCUCAUCCGACUGGCUUCGAAGCUUCGAAGAUCCACAUCGAUGAGUUGCCGCACACGCUCCCGGAGAACGCGAUGGACAUAGGUACCUUUAGAAAAAAUUUGCUGCGUGAUGUGGUAGCACUACUCAAGGACGAACUCUCGGGGGAAGAGGACUCCAGCCUCACAUUGAAGAGACCUACUCUCAGAAGCAAGGGAAGUUACAAGAUGCCGCCCGGGAUCCGAACACUGUUGGAAUGGGGGCAACAGGUCAAGAACAGAAAGGGGACAUCCGCAUGGAUGCUCAGCUUUCAGAACUACCUGAAGGCGAUGUCGGAUCAUCGACGCCGGCAUCAACUACCGGAACAAAUAGCCCAGCUCAAGCAGUUGAGAAGCAAGGCGCAGCCAAAGGCAACCGCGAUGGCCAGUGCCUCCAAGAGCCGUUCAGCAUCGACAGCGGACGAGGACUGGGAGAAAGUGACACCCAACAAGUCCGGACACAAGAACAAGAGAGAGAUCGAGGAGCCGAAGGGGAACACUCAGACCAAGAUGAACAUGGAGCCCAACAAGGAGAGAGUCGAGAUGAUUCAGACGCAGAUUGCGCUGAGAGAGCUUGCCCGGGAGAUGCAAGUACCAGAGGAUCAGUGA